GGUUAAGGGUCAAGAUUGGCCCUCACAAUUUUGUGCGGUUGAGAUUACACCAUGUAACUCGAUUUUCGCGUCAAGUGUGGGGUCCACCACUAUCUGUUGUGAAAAUACAUUCUGUGAAAAAAAAGUUACACGAUGUACAAAGAAAGUUACGGCCAGUUAAUAAUGACUACAAUUGGCAGGAACGGUUGCACCUGCAACCGUACGUGCCCCGAGUCCGCAGCGGACGUGCCCAAUCAGCACGUCCGCGCUGACACUCUCUGCAAACUGACUUUUUUAUAGACAAGUUUUUUGUGGAAUUUUUAAUUAUACGGACGUGCUGAGUCAGCACGGCCGCUAUAGAACAAGAAGAACCCCAUGUCAGAGGUGUAUUUGGUGGUUGUUUUUUUUCAAUGCGAAUAAUCUAAGAAAUUAGCCCCUCUUCUUGUUAUGGCUACCAAGACAAUGGGGUGAUGAUUGCAGCUGCAAGUGAUGCAAUCUGGAACAAUAGGGCUGCCUGUGGGAGAAACUACAGAGUGACAUGCACUGGACGUACAAACGAAAGUGUCCUUCAAUCAUGCAGGGGCAGUGUUGUGGUUAAAAUAGUUGAUUAUUGUCCACCCGGCUGUAGAGGAACAAUUGAUCUCUCCCAAGAAGCGUUUGCUAUCAUUGCUGAUCCAAAUGCUGGAAAAGUUAACAUUGAAUAUGACCAGGUUUGAAGUUGAACUUUAAAAGCUUUCAGAAGGCGGAAAAUGAUGUCCAGAAAUAAGUAGAUUUAAACGAAUAAGCAUAAACCAAAAAGGGGCUUAAUUAAACGUAUCUUAGGACGAAAGUUAGAUUUUUGGAGCAUAGUUAGGCCGAUUCAUUGUGCUUGAGACCUGGAAAAUGAAGGAGACGAUGACAAGGCUGGAUUAAGAAUUGAUCAGGCACAGAUCGGCACAAAACACGGAUUCCUAACAUUCAAUUGUUCGCUUUAAGUUCAUGUUAAAUGAGAGACUAUGGAAUGAAAGAAAGUAUAUGAAAGAGUACAACUUACUGAUUGCAGGCUGCUGCUUCUGGCCCUUCACUUGCUCCCGCCCCUGGCUCUCCUUCAUUCCCUGUUGGCCCUUCACCUGCUGCUUCUCCUUCAUUACCUGCCGGCCCUGCCAGUGGAAGAAAGAAAUCGAAGAAUUUAAGGGUGAAGUUACCGGUUGUUGGUGCUGCCGUAGCGACUUUUCUAGCAGCUCUUGCAUUACUUUUCUGGUGUUGCAAAUUGCGAAAGAGAAAAGGUGACCAUCGAAAAUUCAUGGGUUCAGAAAGGCCAGAGCUUGAUGACAAAGGAGAUGAUGAAUCACUGUUCUUCAGUUUUACAAGCAUAGAAAUUGCUACAGAUCAUUUUUCCGAGGAAAACAAACUUGGUCAAGGAGGAUUUGGUCCAGUCUACAAGGGCAAACUGGUCAACGGGCUAGAGAUUGCAGUUAAAAGAUUGAAUAGAAUGUCAGGACAUGGAAUUGAACAAUUCAAGAAUGAAGUCAAAGUGAUCUCAAAGCUGCAACACCGAAACCUUGUUAGACUUUUGGGCUCCUGCAUUGAGAAAGAAGAGCGUUUAUUGGUAUAUGAGUACUUGCCGAAUAACAGUCUGGAUUCAGUACUUUUUGAUGCAGCAAAGCAGAAUAUAUUGGAUUGGAAAAGAAGGUUGAAAAUCAUCGAAGGGGUAGCUCAGGGGCUUUUGUACCUCCACAAGUAUUCUAGAUUAAAGAUCAUCCACAGAGAUCUGAAAACGAGCAAUGUUCUAUUGGACGCGGACCUGAAUCCCAAAAUUUCAGAUUUUGGAACCGCCAGAACUUUUGGAGAGAAUGAGAUGCGCGGAAGUACAUUGAACAUUGUUGGGACAUAUGGUUAUAUGUCUCCUGAAUAUGCCAUGGACGGGGUUUACUCCGAGAAGUCUGAUGUAUUUAGCUUUGGAGUCAUGAUUCUUGAGAUCAUAACUGGAAAGAAGAACACUUCGUUCUACGAUUCGGAUCGUCACCUGAACUUAAUAGGACAUGUCUGGGAUCUAUGGACAGAGGGAAGAAUUUCAGAAAUCACAGAUUCGUGUUUGGAUGAAACGAUCUCAACAAAGGAAGCACUAAAAUAUGUUCGCGUUGGUUUAUUGUGUGUGCAAGAAAAAGCAGCAGAUAGACCAACAAUGUCGGACGUGGUAUCCAUGCUCCUCAAGGAAUCAAUGGUUCUUGUCUCUCCUAAGCGACCGGCUUUUGCUGAAAUUAUGACUCUUAACAAUACCAAGUUACCGGAAUAUCCAGAACUUUGUUCUUUGAACGAGGUCACAAUUUCAGAUGUGCAGGGUAGAUGAUUAUUUCUUGGCCAGGCUUAUAUUUUCCUACUUUGUUUCACCAAGCUGUGGGUUAGGACAAAUUUUAGUCCUUAAGAUAGGAAUAGCCCAGGACAAAAGGACGUACCCGUUGUCGACUGACUGACGGAUGUUGCAAGUUGUAAGUGGUAAUUGCAUACAGAGGAAGGUGAGAAGCAGGCCGUGUCCUCAGGUCAGGGACUCAGGGGUGGCCACUGCAGAUAAUCAGUCUCAAUUCUUUUGUGGAUUCGUUUUGGUUUUGGAUUUGAGUUUGAUGACUAAUUAUUCAAGUAAUCAAACAUUAUUUUACUUAAACAGUUGCAGCAGUCCAAUCUAGUUAUUACUAAUUGAGUAGUACUACUUAGAUUUUCACAUACAGAGGAGAAUUCACAUCUCUGAAACAGCGGUUUUAAAGCUAAACAUCCUCUAGGUGGACCAGUGCUGAUUGACUGGUUCUAUUUAGCAUUUUACUGCUGCAACUAUUCCCUAGCGGGUCGCUGCUUAUUGUUCCAAUUCUCUGAGCAACGACGGACAAUGAAUGGAAGGACUUUGGGAUCGAUGGUUGGGUAGCACUGGCAGAUGACAGCGUCCAAAAUUCUUGGUCCAGACAAGAACUAACAACACGUUUCCACGGGUGUCUUUUUCCACAAUAUUUUGAAUAACAGGGCAUCAUGAAAGUGCUGGAUCUUGACAAUGGAGGUGGGGUGUUGGGAAAUUAUGCGAUUAAUUUCGCUUGAUGAUGCAGGGCAGGGACACGACAAACUGUUUAGGUCGCAAAUCAAGUUCAAUGACACUUGGCAAUGCAGCUUUGAAUUGGGAUCAGGAGGACAGCAAACAGGAAAGAAAGGAAAGGUGUUCUUCCCAUCAAUCGAGAAGAAUGCAUUAUUGUUGAAUUGGCUUCAGGACAGCUAACAGGAAAGAAAGGUGCUCCUUAAUUCCCCGUCUGUAUUAAGGAAGUCUCCCAAGAAUGCAGGGAUCAUGCUAUCGUUAUGGGGUUGAAAUUGUUUUAAGAAAUGGUGGAAAAUAAAGGCAUAUAUAAAUCUUUUAUAUUAUUUGAUUCUUUUAUAUUUUCAGUUUUAGGUG